GUCAAUAACACAACCUUUUUUCAAUCACGAAACUUCGACUUUGUUUUUAUAGACAACAAACAUGGCCAAUUCAUCACGUGGACAAAAUGUGUACAUGGCCAAGUUGGCUAAGAAGGCUGAGCGGUAUGAGGAAAUGGUUGAGUUUAUGGAGAAGAUUGCAAAGACAGUAGAUGUUGAAGAACUAACUGUUGAAGAAAGGGAUCUUCUUUCUGUGGCUUACAAGAAUGUGAUUGGUGCAAGAAGGGCUUCAUGGAGGAUAAUCUCUUCAAUUGAGCAGAAAGAGGAGAGCCGUGGAAACAAAGACCAUCUUAGCAGUAUUAAAGAAUAUAGAGCCAAAAUUGAGGCUGAACUCAGCAAGAUAUGUGAUGGGAUUUUGAAUCUGCUCGAGUCCCAUUUAGUACUAUCAGCCUCAACAGCCGAGUCUAAAGUGUUUUACUUGACGAUGAAAGGUGAUUACCGUAGGUACUUGGCUGAGUUUAAAAUAGGGGCAGAGAGGAAAGAAGCCGCAGAGAACACUCUAUUAGCCUACAAUUCUGCUCAGGAUAUUGCAUUGGCUGAACUGGCUCCUACUCACCCAAUCAGGCUGGGACUUGCCCUUAAAUUUUCAGUGUUCUAUUAUGAAAUUCUUAACUCACCUGAUCGUGCUUGUAACCUUGCAAAGAAGGUAUGUUUCAGCUUAUCCUCAAGUUUCAACUGGUCUAAACAAAGUAUAUAAGAUCUUAUUUGUAUGAUAGGAGUUUUGAUACCUAGUCAGAGCUUUUCACAUAAUUUGGACUCUCAUCUCUAAAUAAAAGAUGUGACUAUUUCUAAAUAAUAGAUCAGAUUUUAUCUUUUAACUUAAAAAUAUGAUAAACAAAACAAAACACAAUCAUCGGUCAUUGUGAUAAUGAUUCCUGUUGUUUAUCUGUGUCAAAAGCUCUCCUCAAUCUGUGUUCCCUGUAUUCGAUGAGCUCUUGGUAGAUAAUUAAGAUUGUGUUAUCUAAAAAUGGACUUCUACGACAGGGGCACUGAUAAAGUGAUCCAUAUCUCCACAACUUUUAUAUUGGAUUUCCUCUAAAAUGCUUAUUUGUUGUGGUGUUUCAGGUAGAUAUUAAAGUGGCUCCUCGAUGAUAAAGAACGGGUUGCUGCUGCCAUGGAGAACCCAAGCCUGUCGUUGUAUAUUUUGCGGUGUAGUUCAUUUCUGUUUGGCAGUAAAAUACAGUAGGUGCAAUUGCUUUUUAUUUCUGCUCCUUUUUAACUGCAAACAUCUUGAGAUUGUGCUAUAUUGAAGCAAUUUCAUUGUAGGAUUAAUCUGCUUUUACUUUGAAGAUGUCUUUUGUGUUUGCACUUUCUUUUUUCUGCAAAGUCGUUAAUGGACUUCAAAGCCGACCUUGCUGCUAGCAGUGACGACUUUAGAAUGCUUAUGUGACCUAUGCUUUCAGCAAAUAGAAAUAAAAGAACUAUUGUAUAAUUCAGAGAAGCAUCCGAAUUUAAUUCAGUAAAGUUUCAUAAUGAAAUCUUGAAAUAGUUAGAAACUUAGAAUCAUGGGUUGUGUCACUUUUUCUGAAACAAUUGAAUCAAUUCCAACACACACCAAUGGUGAUUACCUACCCAUUAAUUGGAAGACAAUUUCCUCUUUUAACUUUUUUUUUUUCCUACCGUUUAAUUGUUGAACAAGUUUUAUGAAGAAAUCAAUAAAUAAGCUAAUUGAUAGAAAUUACGUACCAGAAAUAGAACAAAAUGAAUACUCCUUAGAUGAGUAAAACACUUGAGAAAAACUAUCAAAUGUUUGAGUUCUAUUAGAAUUAUUAAGCGACAAUACGUAAUUAUUGUUUCCAUCUUUUGUAGUUCUUGUGUCUCUAUUUUUGCUUU